AUGGGCAAGAAAAGAAAGGCCGGCGGUCGCCCCUCAAAGGCUGAAGCUCCCGUGCGCACAAAGUUUGAUAUUGAAGAACGCUUUGACGACUCUGAGGACGAGUUCCAGGCGGGCCGCGACCAAAUCCUGCUGGAUGAAGCCCCCGAGGCCAAGCGCCGGCGGAGAGUUGCUCAAGAUGAGGAGGCGAUUCAAGACUCCGAAGAGGAGGUUCUAGGCUACGAUGAACUCGACGAGGACGAAGACGAUCUUGAAGACGAAGUUUCCGAGGAUGAAUACGAUGAUAUGGGCGAGCCUAAGAAUGCACAGGAAGACGAUGAAGACGAGGAAGGAAUUGCGGCAUGGGGUACAUCGAAGAAGGACCUUUACAAUGCAGACCAGAUCGAGACCGAAGUCGAUGCCCUAGAGGAAGAGCAGGAAGCAAAGCGACUGCAACAGAAGCAAUUAGAGGCUAUGAAUGAGGCAGACUUUGGCUUUGACGAGUCCGAAUGGGCGGAAGCUGGCAAGGAUGCGGAGGACGAGGCAGAGAACGCUGGAAUUGUUACCGAAGUGCUCCCGCAGCUGGAAAUUACCGAGGACAUGAGCAGCGACGAGAAGCUCAAGAUUCUGAAAUCGAGGUAUCCUGAGUUCGAGCCUCUGGCCAAGGAUUAUGUCGACCUUCAAUCAACCUACCAGACUUUGCAAGAGCAGGCGGCAAAGGCUUCAAAACCUACAGAUGAGACCGCAGAUGAACCCCAGCCUGCACCCGUGGCCGUUGUGAAAUUGCGUGCUUUAUCAACAUAUCUGGGUACAAUCAACAUGUAUUUCCUGCUCCUUGCAUCUUCUUCCGACGGCACCAAGAGUCACUCUCCGAUGUCCCCUGCCGAGCUCCGCCAACAUCCUGUCAUGCGCUCUCUGGUCAAAUUCCGCAAAAUCUGGGAGAAGGUUAAGGACCUCGAAGUCUCGGAGAUCACCGAGGUUGUCAAGAAGUCUCCAUCCACGACCGAGUCAAUCAAGGUCGAGACAACCAAAUCUAAGGAGACCAAGAGGGCCAAGGCAACAAAGAAUCUUAGCAAGGCCGAGCGUAAAGCCUUGGCAGCACAGGCUGAGGCCGACGCCCUUCGGGCAGACCGACUCCGUGAGACAGAGGCCGGUCUGGCCGAUCUGGAUGAUUUGGUUACAGAGCCUACUCAGAAGCGCAAGACUAAGAAGACCAAGACCCUCGCCAAGGAUGAUGAUUCCGACUUCGGUGACGAGGAUGCUCUCACAGCUCGCGAAGCCGAGGAGAAACUUAAGCAGAAGCGCUCUCUCCGCUUCUACACUUCUCAACUGGCUCAGAAGGCUAAUAAGCGUCACGCUGCUGGCCGUGAUGCCGGUGGUGAUGCCGAUAUCCCUCACCGCGAGCGUCUGAAGGACCGACAGGCUCGCCUGAACGCUGAAGCCGAGAAGCGCGGUCGCCAAAACCCUGAUAUCGGCCAAGAGCUUGGCGGAGACAGUGACGAGGAAGACAACCGGGUCCGAAAGGAACUCCGCGGUGAGGGCAAGGGCUCCGGCGCAGACGAUGACGAUUACUACGACAUGCUUGCGGCACGGGGCAAGCAACGCAAGGACGAUAAGCAGGCCCGUGCUGAUGCACACGCGGAAGCAGCUCGCCAAGGCGGUCAUGUUGCGGUACAGGAGACCAUCGGGCCGGAUGGCAAGCGUGCUAUCACCUACCAGAUUGAGAAGAACAAGGGUCUUAUGGCGAAGCGGAACAAGGAUGCGCGCAACCCGCGUGUCAAGAAGCGCAAGAAGUAUGAGGAGAAGAAGAAGAAGCUCGGUAGUGUUCGGCAGAUCUACAAGGGUGGUGAGGGCCGUGGUGGCUACGGUGGUGAGCUUACAGGUAUCAAAAAGAACCUGGUCAAGAGUGUCAAACUCUGA